AUGAUUGAUCCUUAAUUGAUGGAGAAAUGGAAAACAGAGCUUUUUUAAGAUCAAGCUCUUAAUAAACUUUUUGAUUAACAUUUAACAUUAGAAGAAUUUGUCUUAUUAAUUCUAAAGAAUUGUAUUAUUAUAAUUCAUUAUUAAAAUAGAUAAUAUGGUUUAAUUGGGAGACAUAUUUUAAAAAUUGACUUCAAUUAAUUAAUCUAUUUCAAUGUAAUUAGAUCAUUAUAUAAAGAAUAAUUAUGAAUUGUUGAUUGAAGAUCUAAAAGAUGUAAGAUUUAAAAAUAUUACUAGAAAUCUUAAUAAUGUGAUAAUGAAGUAAUUAUUGAAGCCUUAGAAAAGAUUAAAUUUAUAUAAUAAAGACUUUAAGAAAAUUAUGUUAAUAAAUACAAUAAAAUAAUGAAAUUAUUACCAAUAAAAUAAAAUAGUGAAUUAGCUUUGUAAAUGUGUAAAUAACUUCAAAAGUUUAGUGUUCAAUUAAAAUUAUUGAGAUCAUUAGCUUAAUAACAAAAUAAUAAUAUUAAUAUAACAGAUGCAUAAAGAGUUGCUAAUGCUUUAUUUGAAAUAGAUAGAUUAUAAAUUAAACAAUUUCAAUUUUAUAAGAAUAAUCAUACUUAUAUUAAAUAAGUUGAAGAAAGUUUAUAAAUAAAAGUAACUAGAAAAUUUGAAGAUUCACUCUCAGCAAAGAGUGUGCCAGAUUUAACUUAAUGUUUAGGAAUAUUUUAUAGUCUUGGUAGAUUAUCUGAAAUACUUGAACUGAAAUGUAAUUAAGUAUUAAAAUAAAUAAGUGAACAAUAUAAAAUAUUAUUCUCAAAUUCUAAAUCCUUUUUACCUGAUUAUAGAAAUCAAAUUAAAAAUGAAUUAAAUUAGAUGAUUUUAAUUUGGUUAAUAUAUUAAGCUAUGAAUUAAAGUAAUAUAUAUUAUGAUUUUAGCUGAUUAAUAUCAUUUAAUUACAUAUUAAGAAGAACUUAAAGAUUAAUUUCCACAUUUAUUUUUAAUGGUAUGGAAAAAAUAUACAGAUGUACUUUAAUAAUCAAUCUAAAUUAUUAUUGAUAAUAAAUAGAAAUACGAGUCUACUUAUAAUAAUUUAGUACAUUUUUAUCCCAUUAUUAAAGAUAUCUAUUAUGAUUAAUUAAUUAUGUUUAGUGAAUAAAUAGUAAGAAUUUAUAUUCAUUUUAUUUAGCUUAUAUUUCCAUCAUCUAUAUUAUUAAGUCUAAAUUAAAAUGAAAUUUAAGAAUAAUUAAUGUCUUCUUUAAAUAUUUUAAGACCAUUACAUUAAAUGUAGUUUAUAUUAUUGUUGAAAGAACAAAUCACAAAUCUUGCAAAUGAUGUAUAUGUUUAAGAAAAAGGUUAAACAUAUGUUGAAAAAGUAAAUUUUUAUAAUUUAUAUUUUAGGCUUUGAAUACUUUAACUUCAUUUAUUGAUUUUGUUAAAUUAGAAUUUGAAUAAAUUAAAUAUGAUGGGCAAUCAUUUAAAUUUAUGACUUAAAAGUUACUUCAUGAAUAUAAUUCAUUAAUUGAAUCUUUUUAAGGUAUGACUUAUACUAAUGAAUGUUUAAAUGUCNCAAUAAAAUAAUGA